GCGAAUAUGUGCAAAGGCCGUACUCAUAAGGACUAUAUUUUUCUAUGAACCGCGCAAACAUGCCUCCUUCCAAAUCCUCCUGGUAGUUAUCACAGUAUUACUAAACGGUAGUAUCGUGGAGCUCCUGAAAAAUCGUUCUUGGUACACUGAUAUUAAAUAUUCUCUUGUCACCCGACAAGCUUUUCAUGGAAAUGGAUGAAUCCGAAAAUCAACGGAAAACGAGCCUGCUCAGUGAACACAAGAACUCAGAACAGCAUACACGCAGAAAUUCUGGGAGGAAAAUAAGCUACACGGAGGGAUUGAGCGCCACAGAAACGAAAAUGCAAAUGGUGAAAAGGUGGUUCUGCGAUUUUGACAACAUCUUCGUACUGCUGACAGUUGCCGCUGUAGUUCUUGGCAUGACCAUUGGAUUGGCUGUCAAAAUCUACGCAAAUCCUUCGCGCCGCACAAUUUACUUAGUAUCGUUUCCAGGGGAACUGCUGAUGAACAUGUUCAAGAUGUUGAUCAUUCCAUUGAUAGUAUCCAGUCUGGUAGCGGGACUGGCCAACUUAGAUCCUAAAUCAAGCGGAAAAAUUGGAUCCUAUGCAUUGAUCUAUUACGUGGUUACAACACUGCUCGCCACCGUGCUGGGAAUUGCGCUCGUUCUUAGCAUCCACCCAGGCAACCCUAAUAUCAGGAAGAAUUUGGGUGAGGGAACGACUGAGGAACGCAGACCCGAAACUUUGGAUUCAGUUAUGGAUCUUUUGAGGAACCUCUUCCCGGAGAACCUAAUACAAGCUUGCAUCCAGCAGCAACAAAGCUUUUAUGUGAACGUGACAGCGCAUCCAAAAUACCUCCCUGCGAUUCGGGACGCCUUGUUCAAUUCAAGUGAAUUAGCUGAUAACCUUGGUGAACCUGUUACAGAAGAGAUUGUGAAGCCGCGAUACAUGGAUAGCACAAACGUUCUUGGACUUGUAUCGUUUUCUAUUAUGUUUGGACUGAUUCUCGGCCAAAUGGGAGACAAGGCAAUCGUGAUGGUUCAGUUUUUCUCCAUUCUCAGCGAAGUCAUCAUGCACAUGGUAAAGGCAGUAAUGCUAUACUCUCCAUUCGGAAUAUUCUUCCUUAUUCUGGGGAAAGUGCUUGAAAUUGAGAACCUAAAGGAGACGGCUACUUCCCUGGGCAUGUACAUGUUGACAGUCAUAUCCGGGUUGGCUAUUCAUUGUUUGGGAACCUUAGCUCUUCUCUACUUUGUGUUUACAAGGAAAAAUCCAUUUAAGUUCUACAGAGGAGUAUUUCAGGCGUGGAUUACCGCUUUGGGUACAUCAUCGAGCGCAGCGACUUUGCCAAUCACAUUCCGAUGUUUGGAAAACAACCUAAAGAUUGACAAAAGAGUGACAAGGUUUGUACUGCCCAUUGGUGCAACAAUAAAUAUGGAUGGAACCGCACUCUACGAAGCUGUGGCCUCUAUUUUCAUUGCCCAAAUAAACGCAAAGGACUUGUCUGUCGUCGAGGUGAUUGUAGUUAGUUUGACAGCAACUCUAGCAGCGAUUGGGGCUGCAAGCGUUCCAAGUGCUGGUUUGGUUACAAUGAUGCUGGUUCUCACGUCUGUUGGACUUCCAACCAAAGACAUUUCACUCAUUCUUGCGGUGGACUGGAUGCUUGAUCGUAUACGAACAUCCAUUAAUGUCAUGGGGGAUGCUGUUGGUGCUGGCAUUGUGGACCACCUCUGCCGCAAGGAGUUGGAAGCAAAAGACGCAGAAAUUGAACGUGAGCUAGAUGAGGCCGUGGAGGAGUAUACACAUAUCAUUACUACACCAACUUCAACAUCUGCCGUUGAUAAUAAUAAGCAAGGGCGUCGACGAUGGAGCAAGAAGCGUAUGAGUGUGGCUGCCGCACUGAAAUUACAAGAGAAUGCCUCACCAAUAUCCGCUGCAAUACCAACAUCGGCAAUGGUGGAUCACACGAAUCCGUUUACUGUGCGAGAUGAACAUCUUGAAGAUAUUGACGCCUAGCCGUUUUGCCUGUAUUGUUAGGCGUAAAGUUGUGAAAAACUGUUCACACUUAGAUCAAGCCAAGCGUCAAAGUUAAACCAUUCAAAGAGCUGCAUAGUUAGCACCGUCAUUCUACCACGCAGCGAGGACUUUAUAAUCUUUCUUUUUUGUAACGUAUUCAAUUUUGUUGUUGUUUGUAGACAGUAUGAAUUGAACAAACCUUUUUUAAUUCUCACAGAAUUCUCACUCAGUCUAUUUUGAUCUGACAUCACCGUUGUAUGCUGUUCGCUGUCUUCAGUCUAAACCGUUUUACUCGAAAUUGUGCUUUUAUUAUCUACCUGGGCACUGACUUCCUAUUUCUGUGCAGUUCUGACCUUAGCUCUCCCACAGUAUCUGUACCCACGAUCAGUAAGCGCCAAGAAUAUCUGUUACAACCCUAUUACUCAACACUUCCUGCUUUAUUGGUUGUCCUUUAUUUCACCGUCCAGGGGGUUUGGGAAUCGCAUCUAAAGCAACACAUGUAUCCAAACUUUUGAUGAACUUCUGCCGUUUCUAGCACAGUUUUUGCGGUAUCUACGUACAAAAUAGAGACCAACUCAAAAUUUUCUAUUCUUCAGGAACUCACAGUGACUGAUUGUCUCUCUUUUGUGUUGCUCGAAAAUUCUGUCGUUUUUUAACCUUUUUCAUGCACAACAAUUCAUGACCUAGAACCUGUAUAAAUAGUGAUGCAAAGUGAAUAUCUCACAUAUAUUGCUAUCGCAAUUUAUAGGGCAAUGCGCAC